AUGGCGGCAGAGACGUCGACGCAAUCUUAUAGUGAGCAAUGGUACUGGGACGAUCGCUACACGAACGAAUCUGAGCCGUUUGAUUGGUACCAGAAGUAUUCUUCAUUGGCUCCUCUCAUCAAUCUCUACGUCCCUCGCCGUAAUCACCCAGUCCUCGUCAUUGGCUGCGGAAACUCAGUGUUCAGCGAGGAUAUGGUGGAUGAUGGGUACGAGGAUGUAGUCAAUAUCGACAUUUCCUCUGUGGUGAUCGAUGCCAUGAAUAACAAGUACUCCAAUCGUCCUCAGCUCAAAUAUUUGAAGAUGGAUGUGCGUGAUAUGAAGGCAUUUGAAGCUGCUUCUUUUGAUGCUGUAAUUGAUAAAGGAACCUUAGACUCCAUUUUGUGUGGGAGCAAUUCGAGGCAAUACUCAACGCAAAUGCUUGAGGAGGUUUGGAGGUACUACUAUAUCCACGAUCUAUGGCAUGAAUUUGAUGAAAACUAUAGGGUCCUCAAGGAUAAAGGAGUCUACAUCCUGAUUACAUAUGGAGCUCCGAAUUACCGUCUUCGUCUGUUUAAAGAUUCAUGCUCCUGGACAACCAAACUUCAUGUGAUAGACAAAAGUUUGACCGAACAACAACUAGAAACGCCAAAGUGGGAACUCACAAAGCCUAUAGCCCUAGAUGAUGAGGAAAACUCAGUGGAAUCGGCAAUUGGCAAAAGCCCUGAUGUCCAUUACAUCUAUGUCUGUACUAAGGAUGAGUCGUUGAAGGUGAAGGCAGAUGCAGUCUGA